GUGGAAAGUGCAGAAAAAAGGAAGAGGAUUGUGGAAAGUUUGAAGACUCCUGCUGCAGAUAUGGCCAGUGCUUUAAGGGACAGUUGGCCUGAUGCUACAGUGAAAGGUUAUCUAAAAAUUCUUGAAGACAAACAUGAUAAAUUGCUGAGGAAGAGAGUUUUUCAGAUGAGAACAGAACAAUUUAUCAGGGGAGUGAUUUAUGAUGAACUUGUUGUGACUAACUUGCAUUUAAGGGAGCAGCAGAAGUGUCCUCUUUCUUUCCCAGACCUCUUGAGAAUGGUGAAAGAUGAAGACAACAAAAAUGGUCGAAAGAAAGAUGUCCAGAGCAGCAAUGGUCAGUGCUCACAUGACUGGAGUUGUUUCUACAAACAAGUCUCAAGAAAGCCAACUAGCCAAACAAGUGAAAGAAAUGCAAGUCCAAAUGAAGAAGAUGCAAGUGGCUUUGGAAUCCUUCAAAGGAGCUCUGCCAAGAAAUCCAGCAAAAGCACCAUUUUCCAGAUGAAGCCUACCAGCUUCUUCUCUGCAAAAGAGAAAACUCCCAAGAUGUACCUGUUUUCUCAGACUUUUAACGGAAGAUUUUUUAAUGUAAUGUGCUUUUAUCUGUGAUUUUGCUUUAUAAGUUUUGUGAAUUUUUAUACUGUUGUGUUUUUAAUUUGUACACUGCCUAGAGAUUUUUAUAACAGGCAGUAUAGAAAUAUGAUAAAUAAAUAAUACUAUAAAGUGGUGAUGAAAGCUCUUCAUUAUCACAUGGACACUUGGGGACUGAUAGGAUGCAGGACCUUGCUUGUGCCAGAUUCUACUGGCCUAGGAUAGCCAAAGAUAUAGAACAGUAUUGUAAGAGCAUGCAUUUGAUGCAUUCAAAGAAAGACGCUUCCUGGUUGAACAGCUCUCCUUGUCAAUACAAAAGCACCCUUGGAGUUAGUUUGUAUGGAUUUCCUUAUUCUUGAGAAUGAUGGCAAAAAUAUUGGCAAUAUUCUUGUGAUUACUGGCCACUUUACUCACUACACUCAGGCCUAUCCAACCAAAGACCAAUGUGCCAGCACUAUAGCUAAGAUUGUUUGGGAUAAAUCUUUUGUUCAUUAUGGACCACCCAAAUGAAUUCAUUCUGGUCAAGGAAGGAAGGGACUGAGAGCCUGUUGAUUGGUGAAUUGCUUAGCCUGACUGGGUAUUAGGAAAUCAUGCACUAACCCUUACCAUCCACAAAGGGAUCUUCAGCCUGAGAGAUUUAACAGAACAUUACUUGACAUGCUGGGUAGAAUCCAUCAAAAAGGAGAAAUUGAGCCAACACAUCAGUUACUUUGUGCAUGCUUAUAAUUGUACCAGAAAUGAUGCCAUAGGGCAGGCAUCCCCAAACUGUGGCCCUCCAG